AUGUGGGAGUUCCGGUCCAUGAAUUUUUGGCGGGCGGUCUUUGCAGAGUUCUUUGGGACCAUGUUCUUCGUAUUUUUCGGCAUGGGCGCUGCCCUGCGCUGGACCACUGGGCCUCAUCAUGUCCUCCAUGUGGCCCUCUGCUUUGGGCUGGCAGCGGCCACCCUCAUCCAGUCUAUUGGCCACAUCAGCGGCGGCCACAUCAACCCUGCCGUCACCUUCGCCUACCUUAUCGGCUCACAGCUGUCUCUUUUCCGUGCCGUUUUCUACAUCGUGGCCCAGUGCCUGGGCGCUGUAGCUGGGGCCGCUGUGCUGUACGGGGUCACACCCGGUAACAUGAGAGGCAACAUGGCGCUGAACACGCUGCAGCCUGGCAUCAGCCUGGGAAUGGGCACCACUGUGGAGGUCUUCCUCACCAUGCAGCUCGUGGUGUGCAUCUUCGCCGUGACGGAUGAGAGGAGAAACGGACGCCUGGGAUCUGCCGCCCUCUCCAUCGGCUUCUCCGUCACCAUCGGACAUCUCAUGGGGAUGUACUACACCGGUGCUGGAAUGAACCCUGCUCGCUCCUUUGCUCCUGCUGUGCUCUUCAGGAACUUCCUUAACCACUGGGUGUACUGGGUCGGGCCGAUGAUAGGCGGUGCCAUGGGCGCCCUCCUGUACGAUUUCAUGCUGUUCCCACGCAUGAGGGGUCUGUCCGAGCGCCUGGCCACCCUGAAGGGCAGCCGGCCCCCAGAGAGCGAGACCCAGCAGGACACCCGCGGCGAGCCCAUCGAGCUCAAGACGCAAGCCCUAUAA